AUGACGACGCAGCGCACAUCGAACGGCGUGCCGAACGGGCACAACGGCUUCCGUAGCGACUCGGAACCCGACAGUCCCAGCACCGACAGCAGCGACUCUCCCGUCAACGGCGUCAAUGGCAUCACGAAUGUGGCUGGCAGUCUCAAGAUCAAUACGCGCAGCAAUAUGAGCCGCAAAAAGUCGAGCCCCAUGAUGCCGGCGUUCAUGGUGUCAGCGCCGGGCAAGGUGAUAGUUUUUGGCGAACAUGCCGUUGUGCAUGGUAAGGCCGCAGUAGCUGCAGCCAUCUCUCUACGAUCCUACCUUCUUGUCACAACGCGCUCCAAGUCGAACCGAACGGUUACACUCAAGUUCCCUGACAUCGAUUUCGACCACGCCUGGAAUAUUGAUGAACUUCCAUGGUCGACCUUCCAACACCCUUCCAAAAAGGUGUACUAUCACUCUGUCGUUACCAAACUGGACCCGGAGCUGGUUGCUGCCGUCCAGCCAUUCCUCGCCGAUGUGUCCCCGACCAAGGAGGGCCCCAUCCGGAAAGUGCACCAGAAUGCUGCAGGCUCGUUCCUUUACAUGUUCCUGAUGCUCGGGUCCCAGUCGUUCCCGGGAUGCCAAUAUACACUACGAUCCACAAUCCCGAUAGGUGCCGGCCUAGGUAGCAGCGCUACCAUCGCAGUCUGCCUGUCCGCUGCGCUCCUCACGCAACUACGGGCCCUUUCCGGCCCGCACCCAGACCAACCGCUCGACGAGGCGCGGAAGCAGAUUGAGCGCAUCAAUAGCUGGGCAUACGUCUACGAGAUGUUCAUACACGGCAAUCCUUCAGGUGUCGACAACACCGUUUCUACACAAGGCAAGGCCGUCGUUUUCCAGCGGGAGGACUACGGCAAACCACCGUCGGUACGGCCGCUUUGGGAUUUCCCCGAGCUCCCGCUCCUGCUCGUCGACACGAGAGUGCCCAAGUCCACGGCGCACGAGGUGGCCAAGGUCGGCAGGCUCAAGAACAAACACCCCAAGCUCGUCGGCAGCAUCCUGGACGCCGUCGACAAGGUGACGCAGGCGUCGGCGGAGGUUCUGACGGAGGAGGACUUUGACACGGAGAGCGAAGAGAGCCUGGCCCGCGUCGGUGAGCUUAUGACCAUCAACCAUGGCUUGCUCGUCUCGCUCGGCGUGUCGCACCCGCGCCUGGAGCGCGUUCGCGAGUUGGUCGACCACCAGGGGAUAGGCUGGACCAAGCUCACGGGCGCCGGCGGCGGCGGAUGCUCAAUCACGCUGCUCAAACCGGGUGUCGAAAAAGAGAAGCUGGAUAAGCUGGAGGAGCAGCUGGAUCAGGAGGGAUUCCAGAAGUUUAGGACAACGCUGGGCGGGGAUGGCGUGGGGGUGCUCUGGCCGGCUGUGCUGAAGAACGGGAUGGACGAGGACGACCAGGGUGGGAUGGAGAUUGACUUGGAGAAAUUCCUCAGUGCCGAGGGCAAUGAUGGUGUGGAGAGGCUGGUGGGUGUUCAUGGAGGGGGUGGUGAGCGGGAGGGGUGGAAGUUCUGGAGGGUGGAAAACGACGCGCAGUUCUAG